AAAACAAAUUAUUGAACUUAUUUAUUUGUCAGCUUGAAAUAGCUUCUAUAAUAUAAAAUUAGUAUCAACUCUAUAAUGUCCUUCAUUCAUAUAUAGCUUUCUAUUCUUGUAUCAAAUCCAAUUUCACAUCCAAACCCGUGACCAUAUAUCAUAAUGCAACUCUUCUAAGUUGAAUUAUCAAAAACUGAUUAAUUUCUGCUUCUGAUUUUUGAUCCAGAAUGAGUUCUCAUAUGGAAAUUUCAUCAAUCAGAGGGUUACCUGAAUUGGGAUUAAUAGAGGAUGCUAACUUUCUACAUCAAUGGAAUAAUCACUUAAGUUCUAUUGAUACAAAUAACUUAAGUGCUUCUGAGUUUGGAGAUGCUUUACAGAAACAUUUUCUGUCAAAUAAUCAAAACUUCAACAACAAAACAUGCAUGGAAGCUUCUGCGAAACAGCUUAAAAAUAACAGCUGGAAUUACAACAAUAGUAAUCUUCAAACAUCAGAGUCACAGUAUGCGAAUCUUCUUUCGUUUGCUGAUUCGAAUUACGCGAAUCAGUUGGGACUAUUGAAGCCGAAGUCUGAGAUGAUGGCGUGUCCGAAAAUCGAUAAUAGUAGUAGUACUACUAUUGCGAAUAUGUUGAUGAAUCAAGGUAACUUGUUGGAGAAUCAUGAAAACCAUGUGUUUAAGGCUUUUCAUGAGGCGAAAGAUGUUGAGACGAGACCGAGUAAACUUUCUCAAGCUCAUGAUCACAUUGUAGCUGAAAGGAAGCGCCGCGAGAAGCUUAGCCAGCGGUUCAUCGCUCUAUCGGCUCUUGUUCCAAACCUAAAGAAGAUGGACAAAGCUUCUGUUCUUGGAGAAGCUAUAAGGUACUUGAAGCAAAUGGAAGAGAAAGUGAGUGUUCUUGAGGAGGAACAGAAGAGGAAGAAAACUGUGGAAUCUGUUGUAAUUGUCAAGAAAUCUAAACUUUCUUAUGAUGCUGAAGACACUUGUUCAGAGAGUGAUAAUACAUUUGAUGAAACAUUACCUGAAAUUGAAGCAAGAUUUUGUGAAAGAAGUGUUCUCAUAAGACUUCAUUGUUUGAAAAGUCAAGGAGUUAUAGAGAAAACAGUGAGUGAAAUUGAAAAACUUCAUCUAAAAGUCAUCAAUAGCAGUGCCUUGACUUUUGGGAAUUUCACCCUUGAUAUCACCAUUAUUGCUCAGAUGGAUGUUGGAUUUUGCAUGACAUUGAAGGAACUUGUGAGAAAGCUACGAUCAGCAUAUUCAUCUUUCAUGUGAACAAGUUUCAUAAUUUGUUCACUACUACAAUCAAACCAUAAAGCACUUAAAUUUUAAGCUCUUCAUCAAUAAUAAUCACGUUUGCAGUCAUUAAAUCAUUUUCAUAAAAAAAUGUUUGCUCUAAAGGUUCAUUUUGCAGAAGGGUUUUUUAGUCUUUUUUGCAUGGUCAAAUUGUUCACCAUGUUAUCAUCAUGACAUCAUGUACCCUUUUGUUUCAAGAAUGUAGGGCUUUUUUUUGGGGUAAAAUUGAAAGUUUCAAUUAGACCCAUUUACGUCAAUUAGCUUAAUAUGUUGACAAAACAUGUCUUUAUUUGUAAUCUUUUUAUUUAUUUUAUAGUUGAUAGUAAUGGAUCCAUUAUUUAUAAUAUCUUUU